AUGAGUGAACCAGAACCAUGCAACACGUUGCAUGUUGGUGGUAUUCCUGACUCCAUAUCCAGCGACAGAGCUAGAGAAUCUCUGUAUUUAUUGUUUUCCACAUAUGGCGAAGUGAUAGAUAUCAAACUGAAUUUCAGAACAUUAAGACACAGAGCUUUCGUCACAAUGACCACUGUUGACAGUGCAAACUUAGCUAGAAUAGCUCUAGACAAACAACCAUUCUUCAACAACCCUAUUAGUGUGCGGUUCAGUAACUCUAUCACUAACGACCUUUAA